GUUUCCAGGGCCAGAUGGACCUGACGGAGCUGAUCGGCGUUCCUCUCCCCCCCUCCGUCUCCUUCGUCACGGGCUUUGAGGGCUUCCCGGCCUACAGUUUCGGGCCCGAUGCCAACGUGGGCCGCCUCACCAAGUCCUUCAUCCCUGACCCCUUCUACCGUGACUUCACCGUGAUCGUCACUGCCAAGCCCACCACGCGGCACGGCGGGGUCCUCUUCGCCAUCACCGACGCCUACCAACGGGUAGUGCAGCUGGGCGUGGCGUUGAGCCCCGUGGAGGACGGGUCUCAGCAGGUGCUCCUCUACUACACUGACCCAGGGGUCGGGAGCACCCAGGAGGCAGCAAGCUUCAAACUGGCUGACCUGACGGGGAGGUGGGCCCGCUUCACGCUGACGGUGCAGGGGACGGAGGUGCGUCUCUACAUGGACUGUGAGGAGUACCACCGAGUGGCCUUCCAGAGGAGCCCGGAGCCCCUCACCUUCGAGGCCAGCUCGGGCGUCUUCGUGGGCAACGCAGGUGGUACGGGGCUGGAAAGGUUUGUGGGUUGUAUCCAGCAGCUGGUUCUGAAGGGAUACCCCACAGCCCAAGAUGACCUGUGUGAAGAGGACGACCCUUAUGCAUCUGGCUAUGGGAGUGGAGACGACUCCUUCGAUGACACAGAAACUAUGGAUGAAGUGAAGAAGGUAGUGGAGGAGAGAGAGUACACCGUGCCAGAGGAACCAUGGAGCACCUCUGUGCGCGCCCCUCCCACGGAGGCAUCGCCCACUGACGAUGAGGAUGCUGAUGAGAUCUCGGGUCAGGACGUGGAGCUGACUGCAGAGAGAGGACCAAGUCGGACUGCGGAUGCAGACUAUAGACCAAACAGUGGGACUUCCAGUCAGAAAGGAGAGCAAGGAGAUCCAGGGCCAGCUGGCCCCCCUGGUUCCCCCGGGCCCCCAGGCCCACACAGUCUGUCAAGCCAUGGCUUUUCUGGGGGAGUGACAGGACCCAGGGGCUCCCAGGGGCCCCCAGGACCAGCAGGACCACCCGGAACACCCGGUAACGACGGCCAGCCAGGAGAAACUGGAGUUCAGGGAUUCCCAGGCUUGCCAGGAGAUCCUGGUCCCAAAGGAGACAAGGGGGAUCCUGGAGUGGGCAAACCUGGUCCCCCCGGACCUCCUGGGCCACCGGGUCGACCCAACUCAUCCAGAUCCCCGGACGGUGUGGACGGCUCAGGCUUUGAGUACUUUGACGGAGACACAGAGAUUAUGACAGGUCCUCCUGGUCCACCUGGUCCUCCAGGGCUUCCUGGCCCCCCAGGUUCAUCUGAGGGCCUCUCUGUGUUCCCCUGGGCUCCUGGGGAAAAUGGGAAGGAUGGAGAGAUGGGUAAACCUGGACUGCCUGGGGUUGAUGGGAAUGAUGGGUACCCUGGUCCAGCUGGCGAGAGAGGAGAGAAGGGUGAGCCGGGUCUGAGCGGAACACAUGGACCAAAGGGGGAGCCAGGUGCGGCAGGUUUCCCAGGUCUGCCCGGCUCAGAGGGACCAGAGGGGAAGCCGGGUCUGAGGGGGCCCCCUGGGCUACCGGGACCCCCAGGAAGGGGCUUCAGCCUGGACCUGGAGGAUCCUAUUGACAAACCUGGCCGUCCAGGACCUAAGGGUGAAGACGGGCAGGACGGGCUUCCUGGUGUAGCGGUAAAGGGGGAGCCUGGUGCACCAGGGGCAGCCGGGGCCUCUGGGCUAGAUGGACUGCCAGGGCAUACGGGAGCGAAGGGGGACCAAGGUGAUAUGGGACCAAAGGGAGAGAGAGGUCGGGACGGCUUCAGUUUCCCCGGCCCUCCAGGACCUCCUGGGUCUUCGGGACCGGUUAUCAACCUCCAGGAUGUCCUGCUCAAUGAUACAGAGGGUGUGUUUAACUUCUCAGGGCUGCUGGAAUCGCAGGGGCUCAGGGGCAAGAAGGGUGAGCCAGGGGUCAUGGUGGCAGCAGACAGGUCUAUGAUGUCUGAACUCACAGGGCUACAGGGGCCCAAAGGGAUCAAGGGGGAUUGUGGUGUUCCUGGGCCAGCUGGAGUUAUGGGUCCAUUUGGGCCGGAAGGACCCAAAGGAGAAUAUGGCUAUCCUGGUCGUCCGGGUCGUCCUGGAAUAAUGGGGCAUAAAGGAGACAGAGGAGACGCUGUGGGUGUGUCGGGAUCCCCUGGCCCCCCCGGACCCCCGGGACGUCCUGGAAUGUUCAACUGCCCCAAAGGAACAGUUUUUCCCAUCCCUCCCAGACCGCACUGCAAAAAGGCCGGGAAUAAAGGGGAGAAGGGCUUCACGGGGGAGAAGGGGGAGGCCGGGUUACCGGGCCCACCUGGUAUGCGUGGGACAUCUGGAAUGGUGGGCCCUCAAGGAGAAACUGUUAUGGGGCCCCCUGGCCAUCCAGGCGUUCCCGGGUCUCCAGGUACUCCGGGGUAUGGGAGACCUGGCCCUCAAGGCCCCCAAGGGCCUCCCGGACACCCCGGAGCACCCUCUCCAGCUGUGACCGUCCCUGGACCUCAAGGCCCGGCUGGACCUCCUGGGGCCUCUGCCAUGAUGGAGACGUUUCCUUCCAGUGAGGUCAUGAUGCAAAGGACGAUGAACAGCAGAGAGGGGACCCUGAGCUUCAUCACCACGGGGACAGGCAAACUCUACAUCCGGGUACAAGAGGGAUGGAAGGAGGUCCUGCUUGGUAAUUUGAUCUACCGCCCAGUCAAUAUCCCUCUUCCUGACAAGGCUCAGCCAGGCACCGCCAGAAGAUAUGGUCUCAACCUGGUGGCCCUGAACCAACCCUACACAGGGAACUUUGGUGGCGACGACAUGACAGACAAGCGGUGCUAUGAACAGGCCAUGGCCAUGGGUCUGCCUGCCAGCUACCGAGGCUUCGUAUCCUCAAAAACCCAGACAAUUAAUAAAGACCUGGUCUCCCAGAGGUUCAGACAGAGCUACCCCAUAACCAACCUCAGGGGGGACAUUUUGUUCAGUAACUACAAGUCCAUCUUCACUGGGGGUGGAGGCAAAUUCCCAUCUAACAUCCCAAUCUACUCCUUCGACGGACGGGACGUAAUGGCAGACCCCUUCUGGCCUAAGAAGAGCAUCUGGCAUGGCUCCAAUACGUUUGGCAACCUAUUGGUAGACCGGUCCUGCAAUUCGUGGCAGUCUGACAACAUGUCCAUCAUGGGCCAGUCGUCCAAUCUAGCUUCAGGCUUCCUCCUGGGACAGCAAGCACAAAGCUGUAACAACCAGUUCAUUGUCCUUUGCAUCGAGACCAGAGAGCAUGUUUAGCAGACCGUUCCGUCCUCCUCCCAUCCAUCUGCUUUCAUUUUAUCACUCUGGAAAGGUGUAAAUAUAUGUACAUUCCUUUAUGAACAUUUCAUCAUUGUCAUCAACAUAUUCCUCCUCUCCCGUCCUCUGAUUGGUUGGUUGAUUGACUGAGAUGAGACAGCGGAUACUGUCUGUCGAUACCAGCUCCAAAUCAUGGCUUUGCGGAGUUUUUCAAGCCAACUUUCAAGAUUAUUUCUCACUACAGAUGUUUCUCCUAGUCAAGAUGUCACCUUUCGUCUUCCAGUGAUUGGCCAUGUUUAUUGUUUGUCCUAUUAGGUCAUUCUUUAAGAGAUGUUUGUUCCAUUAGACCAGGGCCAAUAGCACAUUCCACACACCCACAUUCCAUGGGUGCAUAACACCCAUAUUCUACAAAGGUGUUCAGUAAAGAAAUCAGUAAAGAAAUGCUGAUGCACUAUAUUAGAUGUGUUUCUACUUCCAGUGAUUUCUCAUUUGAGCAACAAUUUCUCUCACUAUUUAAUUUCAAUUCAACGUCUUAUUUAUACCGUAACUACACAUAACGUGAAUGAAUCAAAUGAUUAAGGUUAAGUAUGUAAUUUAUAGAUUGUUUGUCAGGGACUGUUUUAGUUUUUUGUUAUUUUGUUGUACAGCAUUCCUUUUAUGGCGCUAUGAUUUUGAUUUGAUAGGUAGCUAGUUAGAUGUGACUUCAUUCAACAUAAAUUCCACCAAUCACAUAGAAAUUCACCACAAUUUUUUUUUUGAACUUAUGAAAUUCAUAAGAGAUUUGAUCAGUAUAAGUGCGUAUAUUUU